AUGACCAACGACGGAGACGGGUCCAUUCUCUACCUCCAAGGCAGCACAUACCCAUUGAUGACGUCAAACACAUCAAUGACAUGUUCUUUGGAAACCGACUGCUACAAGAGCAUCGCUAUAUAUGGACUUCACAUUAAUUUUCAACUUGAUAACGUGACUUGUAACCAGACUAUGGUGAUGAACGAUACCUCUGGUACACUGUACACCAUUGGUUGUACUGAUAACGAUGUCUCUUCAGAGUACAAACUUCGUACCCUAGCAACCAGUAACGACAACUACAUGGAGAUAUACUAUACCAGCCUUAUAUAUUUCAUUUGGUUAUUAACAACAUAUGAAAGUCUGUUGAAUUGUAUUUUAACAGUUUCUGGUAACUUAGCAAUUGAUUGCCCACGGAAAGAUCCUAUAAAGCAAUGUCCUACAAUUAUUUCACCGGAAACCACAACGAACCCAGAACCAGUAGUAAUCAUCGUUGUCGUCGUUGUCACUGUCUUUUCUAUUGAGAUAAUCGGUUCUGUGUUAAUCGUUAUAAAGAAGCGUAAAAGGAGAGAAGACACAUCACAUACACAGAGAAAUCAUCCUAGUGGAACCGUGCCUACAUUGGCCAUGCAGGAUCACCACUUGACAGCUUUUGGUGCACACGUUCUCCCUGUAAAUACGACACCCAGGUCAACGGAAUUACCACCUAUACGUGGACAACAACAACAACAACAACAACAACAGAAAAGGACUAAAAAAUCUCGGUCUCAUCAAAAAGAAAAAGAAAAUUUGUCAUAGAGUGUGUCGUACUGCAACCAAAUUUUAAUAAAUGUAUGUUGA